AUGAGAAACGACAGCAAGAAGAGACCACGUAAGAGGAGUCAGGAAACACCGUCAACAGACUUGUUUUUUCAAACGGUGAAUGAUCAUUCGGAUGAAGAGACUCAAAGAAUCGUUGAGUUUAUGAGGAAACUGAAACAGGCCGAUGAUGAAACAUGCAUCUUCAAUCGAUUCUGCUGCGCUAUUCAGUGUUAUCGAUCUGGUUUUAAAACCUACAGCACUCUCAAAAAACAUCUCGUUUCGAUUCUCCGUGAUCACAAAGGUUUACUCGAAGAGUUCCAUCAGCUUAUGUCGGGUUUUGCUUCUCGUGUAAUACGAAACAACGAGAAGAAAGAGAACGCGGAAUCAAACGUGGAACGUAAGGAAGAGUUCUUGAAGAAAAUCAAACCCCUUGGCAAGAGUGUGUACUAAGCGUUUAUAAUUGCGUUAGCGUUUUCAGCUGAUAUCGAGACGACUCUGAUGGAACAACUCGACGAGAUUCUACGCGACCACACGACUCUAAAAGAAGAGUUUGAAACGUUGUUAGGUUAUUCCCGUCUACCCAAACGCAAACGCAGACGCGAAGAAAGCGUGGAGGUCACGCCAUCGUAUCAGAUUAGACCUGAAGCUGAAGUGGGAUCUUCCUCUAAUGAGGUUUUAAACGAGAAAAUGAGUAACCUCGAGGACAAACUUAUGAAGGAGGACAUGCUCAUGCAUGACCUAGCUGCGGUUAUUAGGUUUGGUAAGGAUGCUUUGAAAGACCCCAAGCUCUCUGAGAAGCCUCCACCAGGAUUUAACAGAGUCUUGGAUUGGUUUUGCGGAGGUAAGGAAGUGCCACAAAGAUAUAAGACACAUCCGAAGCUUGCGGCAACAUAUAUCUUACCGAUAAUGCAGACUACGCUAGAGGAGAUGACAAGGACGAAAACAAUUAGAGCGAUAAGUGUCUAUAAGCGUGCGAGUCAGAACUGUAAUGUUAGGUACUGAAGAGAGGUUUUUAUAUCAGAUAUGUUUUAGUAGAGCCUCCCAGGUUUCAUGUAUAAUUAAUAUUUCAAAAC